UUUUUCUUUUUUCUUUUGCUCAUUUUUUUUUUCGUUUUCUUUUUUACUUCUUUUUUGACUAUUCCGCUUUGAGUUGCAACAGGAGUAGAACUUAAUUAUCAGCAAUCGCUAGAGCAACAACAACAACAGCAGCGCUGGUGUAUCAUCCGCACUCAAAACAACGUCAUUUACUCACUAUGGCAGCCGCACCACCACCACCACUAUCGCCGCUGACUCCAUUGACUUGACAGCGACGGCAUCAACAUCAACAACUUACAACAAAGUGCGCCCGUCUCAUUGAAUCAUUGCUGGUGUGCACGUUGCGGUGAUCGCUCGAUGGUAAUUUCAGUGGCGCGACUCGUGACGAUUGGAAAUUUUACGAAAAACGCAAAAUGAAGCAGAAAUUCGGGCAGUUAAACGUAAGCAUUGAAUUGUACGAACAAUUUUGACAUCGCCCAACUCUAAGAGUGCUUAUGUGUUUGUAAGUGGCUGAGGUGACUAACUUAAGAAAUCAUUCAAAAGUGCCGUUAUAUUUGUUUUUGAAACAUCUGUGGUUAUAUAGUGUGCGAAAGUAUUUGAAAAAUUGGAAAAUUGUUUAAAAAAUUUGAAUUAAAUUAGAAAAAAUUAAUUCGUGCAAAUAUAACAAUAAAUAAAAAAUUAAAAAAUUGAAUUGAGUGAAAAAAUAUAUUGUGGUUCUAAAAAACGUAUAAAACAAAAAAAGAUUGUAAUCAUGCGGAAUAUGGGACGCCUAUUUCAAUAUAAUCGCUUCGUCGGAAGUGAAGAAGCGGUGGAGGAUAACACAAAAGAUACACAAGCAACAGGAGGCUGGAAAAAUAAUAAGCCACAACAGCAAUUUGGCGCAAAUUGUCCAGCGUACGCUGAAUUAUAUCCGGCUUACGCUUGCACCACCAGCAUGGAAGUCGCAGCAACGCCUACAGCUGCAACCGCAGCGGCGGCGGCGACGACAACAACAGCAACAAUGGCAGCAACAACGAUGACAAGUCGCAGCCUAGACUUGGCCUUGCGCAAAUAUCAACAAUGGAGCAGCAAGUUUCUGCCAACAACCACCAGCAACAACACAAUGCCUGUGUUGACAACAGAAAAACACACAACAAUACCGGUUGCAACAAAUGCUGACUGUGUCACUCACUUGUCAACGUCUUCAUCAUCACAAAAAUCCAAUUCGUGCUCGCACUCUUGCUCCUACACCACCACCACCUCGGGCUACUACAGUCGGCUGACACUGGUGGGCAACGCAUCCGAGGUGCAGCAGGCGCGCGGUGAGCUGCAACAACAGCAUUGCUGGGGUGCUACGGGCGGAGAUCGAGAGUUGCUCGUUAGUGCCGGCAAAAGACCAAAAGUGUACGAUUGCAUGAAGGACUUUUUGCGACGGAAACUCUUUCAGCAACGACAUGGACAACAACAGCAACAACAACGAGAAAAACAGCUAGCAGCGCAAAUGGCGGCAACACUUUGCAAAAGCGACACCGAGGAGGACGUCACCAGUGAUUAUGAUGAGGUUGACAUGUUGGAUUCCUCGUACAAUGCCGAUGAGGAGGACGCCAGUGAUUGCAGUAGUCAGUGCACUUGCCCAUUGGAGAGUGACGCCGAGGAAGUUGCGCCACAACAACAAUGUGCAUACAAUGAACAACAACAAAAACAUGGUAGUAUACCACAAAAAUCGAUUAGUCCGCAAAAAUCAAUGCUCUCGUUGAAUUGCUGGCAAAACAUCACACAGUAUACCGAUUCCACCACAGAACCGGAAGAGGAUGAGGAUGUAGAAGUUGAAUGGUGCCCUGAGAACGCUGAUUACCAACAUGUCGACGAAGAUUCGGAUGCUGGCAUCUCCGAUUGCUGUCAGUUGAUAAGCGAAAAAUCGACUCCGGCGAAACAACGCAAACGACAGCUGAAACAACAACCACAAAAGCCAAAGCAAAAGUUCCGCUACAACCGCAACUCAGACGACGGCAGCGAGGAGGCCGAGUUGCUCGCAAGCAGUUGGUAUCAACCGCGCAUAACCACCAAAGCCGCGCUUGAGCGCCUUCAGCAGGCAUCACCCGGCACCUUCCUGCUACGCCGCAAAUCACGCAGCUACGAACUGUGUCUGCGCGUCGAAACGAAGGUGAAGCACUUCGUCGUCGUGUCGCUGGCUGACAACCAUUACAAGCUGAAAGGCGCCAAGAAGCAAUUUACAUCGUUAAAGGCAUUGGUCACGCAUCAUUCCGUUAUGGCGGAACAAUUACCGUUGACUCUGGCAUUGCCGCGUGAGUACGAGUGCAAAAUCGGCAAGGCGUACGGCGUCAGCGCCAAGUGGGCCGCCAGCGCGGCGUUCGAUGUUAGCACGCGGACAUUGCGGUCCCUACGUUACGCUGAUGACUUCGAUACGUAUGAGUCGUUGCAAAUUUUGGGUUUAUUGCAGGAUUGGCAGUGCGAAGCGAAUGAAUUCUAAGAGACGCAGUUUGGAGCAGUCAAAUGACGACGGCACGGCGAAGGAAGCUCGAGCUGUUUAGAGAUGUAAUGCGGUGUAUGGUCGCAGGUAUUACGCAAUAUUGCCUAUAGGCGUGUGUAAUGUAAAUAAAAAUGGAGUAUUUUGUGUGCUCGAGGAGAGCUUUUGUUGGAAAUAUUACAGAUUUAAAGAGCAACGAAUUUUAUUUAGUAGAUUUAAGCGUUCGUGUUAUUAAAUUUAUAAGUAGAAAUGGAAUUGUUUAAAAUUGUAAAGAUAAAUAUAAAGCUUAAGAUUACAUUUAUAAGUAAAUAGUGGUUUAAAUUUUGAAAGCAAAUGUUCUUUGAAAAGAAAUUGUAAAAAAAUAAAAAUAUGUUGUAUAAUCGAAAAAAUUUUAGUUU